AUGGGAGAUAUUCCGGUCGAAGAGUCGCCGUUUCCACUAACGGAAGUGGAUAAGUGGGUUCUAUCGCAAACGGACGAAGAAUUCCAUUGCCACGACUGGGAGGACAUGAGAAAGAUCAUCGGUGAGAAUAAUCUGUCGGUCUUGAAACGCAGACCCUCGGAUCUGCGAAGAUACAUGAAAUGGACGGCCGAGACUAAAGCGGAGUAUGGCUCAAUGACGCAGUAUCUCUUGGCCCAUCGACUACCCCGAGCAUGGGGCUCACCUCCUUUCACACCAAAUUCCAGCACUCCCUUCAAGGAUGUCUCCGAUUACAAGGUCUUGCUGAACGAUUGGCCUUACGGUCUAACGCCUGAUAUAACCCACAUCGUGGUGUGGUCAAGAACUCCCAUUGGAACGGAUUCUAAGACAGGUGAUAUGACUUCCGAAAGCCGUCAAGUCGUUGCCGACUUUGUGCAAAGAUUCUUUGUUGACAGACUUGGUUCAGGAGGAGAAAAUCGGGUUUUGUGGUUCAAGAACUGGGUUGCAUUGCAGUCUGUACGAUCCUUAGAACAUAUUCACGUCAUGGUCAAAGACGUUGAGAAGGAUGUGCUGGAUGACUGGAAUAAAGAGCUCCACUGCCACCAAGUAUAG